AUGGAUUAUUGGACGCGCUCAUCCAACCGCAACUCGCUCGAAAGCAUCGGCGUGACGUAUGACGAGCGUGAAACCAGCCCGGCGGUCAAUGGAAACGUUGGCGAGCGGGCCAGGCACGUUCAAGUGGCGACCCCAGACAUGUCUUCGCCGCCGUUUCAAUCGCGCUCCAAUCAAGACCGUGACUGGAGUAGUUUUACAGACGAAUUGACGACAACAGACACCACAGGCUUCACAAGCUCGUCACGACAGUUAGGCGGACUCUCUGUGCAUCAUCGCGAUAGGAAUUUGCUUGGUUUUACCUUCAGUGGAAUACCCGCCGAUGUUGUUUGCUUUCGUUCAUGCAUCUCCUAUCACUCACAUCGAUCUAGCAAAAACUUCGUGGCGCCGGAGCAAACCGGUCCGUUUGCUGCGGAUGUGCUUUGUAUUAUACUACUCUACAUUGCGGUGGAUAUGCGAGAAAUUCUGCAGGUGAGUCAUACAUGUCGUUAUUGGCGGUUUUAUGCAAACUAUGCACCGCACUGGACGUACUACCGUCGUACUGACUGGGGGCGGCGCAUCAAGGAUCUGCCACGUUACAUCCGUAAGGUGGUUGUGAAGCCAAAGAUUGUCACGCAAGAGGAAUACUUUCGCGAGCGUAGAAAAGUACAGCGGGCGCAGCGACGUGAGGAGAUUAUGGGCACAGCGCGACAUGUGCGUUGGUGCGUCGCUAUUGCUUUCCUUAGCGCAAGUGCCUGUACGACGAAUUUUUUUGUGGCGUAUUUAUUGGGUUUUUUUCCGACGGUGCUACGCAAUGAUAGGAGUCUCGGCACUGUGACGUUUUUACUGAUGGUGAUAUUGGUUGUGCUGGAGGUCACGGUUGUGAUUGUUCCCCUUGGCGGUGCCACAUCUGCGUCAGAGAAGCAGAACAUGAUGCGUCUUAUUGCAUGGGGGCUCUUUUUGCUUUUUACGGCGUGUUUCUUUGGGACAAUUUCCUCCCUUGCCAUGGCACGUGUGCAGAGCACCGGCCACGUUAUUUCCGGCACGGUGCUUGAUUUCACCAAGGAGACGGAGUGUGGUGUCAUGGAAGCGCACUACAAUCCUUCUUUUGUACUUCUUCCAACAAAAAUAGCGGAUAUCCGUUGGCGUCCAAUAACAAUGGAUGAUACUGAACGGAAAUUUAUCCCGUAUUGUAUUUCUCACUUCAAUGAAACUAUUUGUUAUGUCCUUCUUUAUUUUGAUGGAUUUUACCGUUCGAAUAUCUUUAAUAACGCCAGUGCCGUGGUGACAAAGGAUAUCGGUACACGUACGGCGUUGGGUUUUGAUCCAAUGGAUAAUAGUACAGAUCACUGGUGUACCAUUGGGAGCCGGCCGCAAGUUAUUGCGCUCACAGAGUCCGUAUACGCUCAUGUCAGGGAGGAGGUAAAUCGUUAUUUCCCCGAUGAGGUGUACACCAACCCCAUUCUUCGCCCUCAGCAGAGAGGUAAAAUUAGUUACAUCUGCAGUAUGGACUACGCGCGUGCGGCGACGGAAGACAGCCCGGGUUCAACGCGCAUGUGGUAUAAACACGCUCACCCUUGGCGGAGACAUCGUAUCCCACUUUCAACGGAUAUCACUGGACUUUCAGAAGAAUUUGAGGAGACGCAUGAUCACUAUGUACAUUAUGCUUUUGGUUGUUAUAUCAUCACCUCUGUUCUUUGGGCGGUGAUGUUAAUUAUGCAAUGCUUUACAAGAGAGCAAGCACUUAUGGUGUUGGGAGUUACAACCACCGUCACCCUUGCGCUAAUGAACCCAAUCAUAAUGGUAUUAGCAGGUGCCCUCUGCGUGAAGGUACCGGAACGCUUUUUCAUGUGUAAUGCGUCUUCGGGUGGGUCAUUAAUAGGUGGAGGUUUGUUUAUUUCUGCUGUUCUUGCUGCCCUUUAUGUCUGCUUUUCCUGA